GUCUUCCCCUUCCUCUUUUCCCUCUUUCUGGGAUUGGAGGGAAUUGCAAUCCAGACCUGAAAUUUUGAUGCUCUCACUGAAACUGAGACCUCUCUCAACCAUGAAGAAGAGACAGAUCCCAAUCCAAUCGCCUCCAUCCACCCCUCCAACCCCACAAACCCUAAGCUCCAAAUCCAAAAGACCCAAAACCCUCAACCUCAAAUCCCCCAAAUGGGCCCCACUCAACCUCACCCAGUCCGAGCUCUCCCUGCCCCUCACCUUCCCCACCGGCCAAACCUUCCGGUGGAGACAAACCGGCCCUCUUCAGUACACCGGCGUUGUUGGGUCCCACCUGGUCUCCCUCCAGCACCUCCAAAACGGCGACGUUUCCUACUGCCUUCACCAAUCCGCCACUUCCGAGUCCAAUGCCGAGUCGGCUCUGCUCGAUUUUCUCAACAUGGGUAUUUCCCUGGCCGGAAUUUGGGAGGUUUUCUCGGCUUCCGAUUCCAGGUUUGCCGAGCUCGCCACCCAUUUGGGCGGCGCUAGAGUUCUCAGGCAGGACCCACUUGAGUGUUUGAUUCAGUUCCUGUGUUCUUCAAAUAACAACAUUCAGAGAAUUACCAAAAUGGUGGACUUUGUGUCUUCACUGGGGAACCAUUUGGGGUCUGUAGGAGGUUUUGAGUUCCAUGAAUUUCCAUCCUUGGAUCGCUUGGCAAUGGUGUCGGAACAAGAGCUCAGAGAGGCCGGUUUCGGUUAUAGGGCUAAGUACUUAACUGGCACUGUGAAGGCAUUGCAGUCGAAACCUGGUGGAGGUGAAGAGUGGCUUUUGUCUCUUCGGAAACUUGAACUCGAAGAGGUGAUUGACGCUCUUACCACAUUGCCUGGAGUUGGUCCCAAGGUGGCAGCAUGUAUAGCUCUUUUUUCGCUUGAUCAACACAAUGCCAUUCCUGUUGAUACACACGUGUGGAAGAUUGCUACAAGAUACCUCAUUCCUGAGCUAGCAGGGGCUCGUCUGACACCGAAGCUCUGUGGCCGCGUGGCGGAGGCAUUUGUGAGUAAAUAUGGGAAAUAUGCUGGAUGGGCUCAAACUCUGCUGUUUGUUGCUGAAUUGCCUUCACAAAAAGCCCUCCUACCACCACAUUUUUCAAAUACCAAGGAGAGUAAAUCUGCAAAAGGAAAGGGCCGUGGAGUGCAGACUGUAGCGGAUGCCUCAAACAGUGAAUAACAGACUUGAUAUCAUACACGUGAUAAUGCAAUCUGGCGCAAGACCUGGUUGAGUAGAAAUUCUUGUUCUGCAAUGGCAGCGGACUGGCAAGGCCUAUAAAUUUAAGGACCACAAAUGUGAAGCUCGGUAUGCACAAGGGAUUUCUCAAGAAUUUUGAGCUCCUUGCCAAUCAGGACUCAGAAAAAUGAAUGAUAGGGGUAUCUGGACUGCUGGUUGGAAAUGAGUUGCAAAUUAUCGUUCUUUAGGCCUCUGCUCUUUCCUUUGUUACAUCACUGCUAGCCAUUCUUUCUUGUGAACGCUGAACCAAUAUAUCCAUUGAAGUAGUCAUAUUGUUGUGGGAACCGCUAGAGUAUUGAUGCUUGUUGAAAACAUUGUUGUAGAUUUGUGUCUCACUAGGAUUAUUUGUAUUCACUUUAGUUUUUGAAUCAAGUGUGCGUUUAUGUAUGCGCAGAUUUAAUA